GUUUGAGUGUAAAGGGGAGGUAAGGUGAAACUGAUGGCUAUAAUGGUGAGAAAUGUCCAGAGAUCCCUGGUCUUAGGUAAGGAUCUUGUUGUGUGGUCUGCUGGUAGAGCAGAGAUGUGAAUUUAAAGAGCAGCUGGAAAACAAGCCUGUUCCUGCUACUAGAAAUACCUCAAGGCAUUUAUGAAACUUUAGUCUUCCUGUUCCCUUCCCUGUGGCUAUUGUAACUUGUUUUCUGUUUCUCCUUCUAGGUAUAAUUGCUGAGGCUUUCUAAAAUGUCUUUAUGCUUCCGGAACUUCAUCCCAUAUGCCAUACCUGGAGUGCUGGCACUUCUUGGCUGCUGGUGGAUCUAUUCCCAUAGAAAAAAGCAUGGAACCUAUCAAGAUGAACAAGCAGUAGCCACUGAAGAGCAGCAGGAAGAAGUGACAGAACAGGAUUCAGCACCCAGAACAGAACCAUGUGUUCCUCAAAGACCGUUUUCCUUGCUGGAAGAGAAAUGCACAGAGAACAAAACCUCGACCUCCCUGCUGUCGGCAGGGUUGACGAUGCCCUCUCUUAUGUGUCAAACUGAUGAGAGGCUGGAUCUCUCACAAGCCCUGCCAUUAACAACAAUUCAGCCCAGCACCCUUGAGGACGACAGUGAAAAACUAGAAGCAACGGGAUCUCAAGACGAAAGCAGUGUCCCUGCUUGUGUUUCUCUCCCUUUGGAGUCUGCCUGUUCGGAGCAGUCAGGGGAAGAAGACGUGCCCAGGUCAAUUGCCAGUACUGUACCUGUGUGUCAGGAGGAGGAGGACACACAGCCAAAAGGAGAUGAAUUGGGAAGAGAGAAGACUAGAGGAGUGAGUUUGUGCAAGGAAGACAUUGAGAAAAUUGAGCAAGUGACAAUACAGAUUGUUUCCAAGGUCAUUUUGGCAGCAACUGAGGAAGUGCUGUCAGGUGCUGCAGGUGAUGGGUCCAUUCAGAUCUGCCAGGCUGCUGCCAGGCGAGUUGAGACACCUCUGGAGACAGCAAGUGGUGUUUCCUCUCAUCAGGUGCUUUCAGAGGAAGCUCCAGUAGCCACUGAGAACAUUGUGAAGAGUGAUGCUGUGGUACCAACAUCCCCACAGGCAGAGGAACAGGAUCAGAAUGUGACGCGUUCAAGCUGUUUAACGCAAGGCUGUUUAUCCUGCCCUGAACAGGGAGACACAAAAGACUGUUGGAUGAAGAACCCUGCGUGCAGUGAGGGAGUGCUGUCUGCUCCUACAGGUGAUGGGUCCACUCAGCUCUGCCAGGCUGCUGCCAGCCAAGUUGAGACAACUCUGGAGAUGGCAAGUGCUGUUUCCGCUGAUCAGACACUUGCAGAGGAAGCUCCAGUAGCUGAUAAGAAUGUUGCUGGAAAGAAUGAUGCUAUGAUACUGACAUCCCCACAGGCAGAGGAGCAGGAUCAGAAUGUGACAUGUUCAAGCUGUUUAACACAAAGCCCCAUUCAGGGAGCCACAACAGACUGUCGGAUGAAGACCCCUAUGUGCAGUGAGUCCCAAGGAGGUGGUUGGACUCCUAUGGAAAACCACAAAGGGUCUCUGGAAAAGUCACCUUUGGUUAGGGAGGGCUCUGGGUGCAGCACAUCCAUACCUGAAGGUGGGAUGUGUGCAGAGGGCCCGUUGCAGAACACAAGGCUGGCUGUUGCAUCAGGCCAGCAUUCAGAGUCACUGAGCGUAUCUGCAAGCCACGACACGUGUGCUGAGCAGAGCUCCGGCCCAAGUGAAACUCAUCCUGCUCUGAAGCUGCCUGAAGACAACAAAGUGCCGUACAGCAAUGGGGUACUGAGGGAGAAUGGUCCAGACCUGUGUAAUGAGUGCAGCAAGGCACCAGGGGUAGAUGGAGAUUGCCCACAAGGGUUGGAUGAACAUGGUACGGAUUUUGUGGACAGUGGCUGUGCCAUGAAGAAGACAGUGGCUCAGCAGAACGCUAAGCUAGGGAGAGAAACCAGCAAGUGUGACCACGUCAUCUGGGAAAUAGAGGUCCCAAAGGAAUUAGUUGGCCGCUUGAUCGGCAAACAAGGAAAAUUUAUGAGCUUCCUGAGGCAGCAGUCUGGUGCCAAAAUCUAUGUCUCGACACAGCCUUAUUUCCGUGACUCCCAGGUCUGUCACAUCGAAGGUUUCCCGCAUCAAGUAGAAAAAGUACUGAGCCUGAUUGGCACGAAGUUCAAGGAGCUGUGUCUCGCCAACAUCCAUGGUCUACCUCCACCAGCACCACUGGCACUUCAUUCCCUCCUUAUGACUGCCUGGCUCUUCCUCCCGGAUGGAGUCACUGUUGAGGUGGUUGUGGCGCACCAAGUCGAUGCAGGGCACAUGUUCCUGCAGCAGCACACACACCCCACUUUCCAUGUCCUGCGGAGCCUUGACCAGCAGAUGUACGUCUGCUACUCUCAACCUGAAAUUCCAACCCUGCCAACUCCAGUAGAAGUUGGUAUUAUCUGUGCAGCUCCAGGCCUGGAUGGGGCAUGGCUACGGGCUCAAGUUAUCAGCUACUUUGAAGAGACCAGUGAAGUGGAGCUCAGAUACGUGGACUAUGGAGGAUAUGACAAAGUGAAGGUCGACACACUCAGACAAAUCAGGUCUGACUUUUUAUCGCUGCCUUUCCAAGGAGCAGAAGUUUUACUGGACAACGUGGUGCCGCUUCCAGAUGAGGAUCACUUCUCCCCUGAAGCUGACGCGGCUGUUGAUGAGAUGACCAGAGGCGCAGUCCUUGUGGCGCAGGUCACAAAUUAUGACAGUGCAACAGGACUGCCACUGAUACAGCUGUGGAACUUGAUGGGCGAUGAGGUGGUGUCCAUAAACAGAACUCUGGUGGAAAGAGGGCUUGCUCGGUGGCUUGACUACUAGCAAUGUCCUACCAUUUCCCUAGAAACACAUACCUCAUCUCGGUGAAAGGCGGGGUGUUAAAAGCCAUAAUGACAGAUACUGUAGCUUUAAAGCAAAAAACCCUCCCUGGCCUCUACUCAAAAGUUGAAUGGAAAAAAAACCUUAAAACCUUAGGGCUCGCUCGAAGGUAGCAAAUGCCCCUGAAGCUGUGGUUGUGUUUUGUUCCAGAUGUAUAAUGCCCAUGAACUUAGUGUCUGCUUUUCCUUCAAAGUUACAUUGGUUGUCCUUUUUUAACAGGCUCUGCCUAUGGAAUUAAUGAAUGUGAUUAAGGAGUUUAAUGUUCAGUUACGGAUUUCUCUAUAUUGUGCCACUAACCUGCACAAACAAUAUUCAUCUUUUGUCUUCUUUAUGCCAGGAGGUAGAUGAAUUGCAUCCGUUGCACUUACUGUGGCACAUGUCUCACUGCAGUCGUGGUUUUUAGGCUUGAUGCGCUUAAGGAAGAAAGCUGCUCUGUGCAGAUGCUUGAAGGCAGGAUAUGUUACCACUACAAUUUUUGCUCUGAAAUGACAUGUAUUUAAAGAAAAGAACUGAUUGCCGAGCCCAAUUGUAGUUUAUAUUUUUCUAGCUGUGCAAGUCUGUAAAUAUAUAUAAAAAAAAAAAAACCAACAUUGUAAUAUUUUGUACAAGAAAAACACUGGAAACAAAGGGAACUUUACAGAAACUUUUUCACACCAAAAUGUCCUCUGUAGGUAGAACUGGUUUGGAGUGCAUUAGAGUAGCCAACAUCUUUGGAGCAUCUGAAUGUUGGGAGUGUUUCAGCUCUGCUGUAUACAGGAUUAGGAUUCCCUUAGAUUGCUGUCUGGUUGGAAUUGUCAUCACUGCGUUCUUUGCUAUGUUGCUGUACAGUUCUGUUUAAAAAGAAAGUAAUAACUUGGCAUUAAAGCUGCAGUGGUGUUCUCCUCUCUUUCCUUUUUUUUUUUUUUUUUAAUUUCCUUUUUUCUCCUUUUUAGAUUUCUAUGACAUAUUUAAAAUUUUGGUCAAAUAAUUUAAGCUGACUUAAUACACUUUAAACACGUGGCCUCUAAUGUAUAUCAUGUUAGAUAUGUAUCGAGCUGGGAUUUAUGGCUGGCAGAGAAGAUACUUGCCAGGAAAGGGUUGAUGUAGUCAGUCCUCAGAAGCUUUUUCAAGUGGAUUCAAGGAUGUCUUUACAUCCUAUGAGCUAACAUGUCAGUGCAUCACACGUUGGGAUAGUUCCCUACAAAAGCAUUUGGUCCAGCCCUUCUGAUAUGGUAUGGUUAUAUUUUUUCUUUUGAGUUCUCUCCUAUUCGGUGCUUACUAUUUAAUGUUCAUGUUUGCAGUAACAUCCAGUGAAAACUCGAUUUGGUAACUCAGUGAAAUCUAUAAAACAUAUAUACUCUUGGAAUGUUUCUUUCCAUUUCAAUUAAAGCUUGAAUUUUAAGCUGUCUUAAUCAAA